GCGGGGCCGGGAACGGGCGGGUCCCGCCGCUUCCGCGGGGCCGGGCCCGGAAGGGAACUUUGUCGCUUGGUGCGGGCGGGGGAGCCGUGCCCGCCCGGACUGGGGGUGUGCGAGUGCCCCGCGUCCCGCCGCCCCUCGGCCCCGGCCGCCCGUGACAGCGGCGUGGGGAACGCGCUCUCCGCUCCCCGCCCCGGGGGAGCUCCCCUGGGCGGGCGGGGGCCGUGUGGAGGGUGCCGCUCUCCCCAGAGAGAGCCUGCACCCGCGGCAGUGCGGGCAGCGCCAGCGGGGCAGUGGCUGUGCCCCUGUGCUCGGGGCCACGCCUCGGCCGCCGUGCCCUGCUCCGUGCGCUCGCUACAGGAAGGGCUUUCAGGCGCUGGAGCGUGUCCGGAGAAGGGCAGCGGAGCUGCUGAGGGGUGUGGAGCGCAGGUCCUAAGAUCUUCAUGUAACUGGCUGAAAAAUGGUUCUGCAAGAUGACUGCACCAGCUCUAAGACUGUUGGAAUGGAGGCUAUCUUCACUUUGACAUGAAGUGUGAAGUUUGUUAGUCACCACUUCUAUUUCUUUUUUACAGUUAUUGUGGAAGGUUCCAAAUGGUGUGGGUUUUUAUCAUGAACCGGAUGAGCUCCCAGAGCAGCUCAUCUGCUCAGCGCAGGCGAAUGGCUCUAGGAAUUGUCAUUCUCCUCCUGGUUGAUGUCAUCUGGGUGGCCUCUUCAGAACUCACUUCUUAUGUUUUUACAAGGUACAACAAACCCUUUUUCAGUACAUUUGCAAAAACAUCCAUGUUUGUCCUAUACCUCUUGGGAUUUAUUGUUUGGAAGCCGUGGAGGCAACAGUGUACUCGUGGGUUUCGUGGAAGGCAUGCAGCUUUUUUUGCAGAUGCUGAAGGUUAUUUUACUGCUUGUACAACAGAUACCACUGUGAACAGUUCUCUGAGUGAACCUUUAUAUGUUCCUGUAAAGUUUCAUGAUUUGCCAACUGAAAAAAAUGGCAGUAAUAGUAGUGAUGCAGAGAAAACACCCAAGAAGCCUCGUGUGAGGUUCAGUAACAUCAUGGAGAUCCGGCAGCUGCCAUCAAGCCAUGCUUUGGAGGCAAAGCUGUCCCGCAUGUCCUAUCCAACAGUGAAGGAGCAGGAAUCCAUCUUAAAGACUGUGGGAAAACUCACUGCCAGCCAAGUAGCAAAAAUUAGCUUCUUCUUUUGCUUCGUGUGGUUCUUGGCAAAUUUCUCGUACCAAGAAGCUCUGUCAGAUACCCAAGUUGCCAUAGUUAAUAUCUUGUCAUCAACCUCUGGGCUUUUUACAUUAAUCUUAGCUGCAGUCUUUCCCAGUAACAGUGGAGAUCGGUUUACCCUGUCCAAGUUAUUAGCUGUUAUUUUAAGCAUUGGUGGUGUGGUACUUGUUAACCUUUCUGGAUCUGAAAAAUCUGCUGGAAAAGAUACAAUAGGUUCCAUUUGGUCUCUUGCAGGAGCAAUGCUAUAUGCUGUCUACAUAGUCAUGAUAAAAAGGAAAGUAGAUAGAGAAGAUAAACUUGACAUACCAAUGUUCUUUGGUUUUGUAGGACUGUUUAAUCUGUUGCUGCUGUGGCCAGGGUUCUUCCUGCUUCACUAUACUGGAUUUGAAGCAUUUGAGUUUCCCAAUAAACUGAUAUGGAUGUGCAUUGUCAUCAAUGGCCUUAUUGGAACAGUUUUGUCAGAGUUCCUCUGGCUGUGGGGCUGUUUUCUUACCUCAUCACUGAUAGGCACACUUGCCCUAAGCCUUACAAUACCUCUGUCCAUAAUAGCUGACAUGUGCAUGCAAAAGGUGCAGUUUUCCUGGUUAUUUUUUGCAGGAGCAGUACCUGUAUUUUUUUCAUUUUUCAUUGCAACUCUCUUGUGUCACUAUAACAACUGGGAUCCAGUGAUGGUGGGAAUCAGAAGAAUUUUUGCCUUUAUUUGUAGAAAACAUCGAAUUCAGAGAAUGCCAGAAGAAAGUGAGCAGUGUGAAAGCCUCAUCCCUAUGCAUAGUGUUUCACAGGAUGGAGAUGGCUGCUGUUCAUAGACAGAAGUUUGAAAAUGGAUUGAUGCCCAGCGAAGAGACAAUCUUCUGGAAAAGUCCCUAAGGAAUCAUGUUUCAGUGCCUAUUCUGAAUUUGUAGUAAAAAUAAGAAGUUUCAGUUCUUUUGAAACUCUAAACUUUUUCUCUUUCUUGCUUUCAUCUGAUUUUAUAAAUGAACAGAUCUACUACAUGCCUGUCACCAUGGGAGUCUUAGUCCGUCUGAGCAACCAACCUGCCUUAUAACACUUGAGCUGGUGACAUUACUUGACAAAAUCAAGAAAGCAAAUGCUGUUAAGUGAUUUCUUUCUUUUUUAAGUCACAAUUUUGUUAAAUGCUGGACAAUAUUAUUUUUAAAAGAUACUUUAAAGUGAGUUAUGUAAAUAAGUUUGCAGGUCAUCAAGUCUUACAGGCUUUCAGAUGAAAAGCUAAAUAGAUAUGUUACCUGUAGUAGGUACAAAUUAAAUUUUUAUGUUGUAUAAACUAUUUGCAUAUUAAUAGAUGAAAACAGAAAAAUAAUUUAUUAAGUGCAUUCCUAUAAUUACUGAGGCAGGAUCUUUGUACGGUCCUGGAACACUAUAAAUAUAAUGUCUUAGGCCAUUUUGAGUAGCCUUGUCAUGGUAAUGGGUGCUGAUGUUUAAAAAUCAAAAAAAUUGCCCAGCAAUCAGGAAUGCUUAAAAUUUCAGUGAAUGGUCAAAUAUUUCUAAUUACAAUACAUUUGGGUAUACAUUCUUAUACAUGGUUUAAAACAGACUGGUUCUGUAACCCAUUCUCAGUCCCAGUUGUCUCUCAGACAUGGAAAUUUUCAUGUUUAGCUUCCACAUUGUAAAAGAGAUCAAAUUCAUUUGUGGAAGUUUUCAAUCAAUGGGUUGGCAUUACGCUAAUCUUCUAAGCAAUAUGAAGAGGAAAGGUGUUUGCAUUGAUUUUUCUUUCCCCCCAGCUGUAUUAAUAAAUUUAUUCUAAUACUGAUAAUUAUCUUCCUUCCACUGCAGUGUUUAAUCCUUUUGAAUCCAGAAAAGCUAUUAUAAUUAUGUUCAGGAAAAUUUGAAAUUACUCAAUGCCAUUUUUCAGCUCCUGGCCUAUAAGACACUUAGAUCAAAGUUAAUUUUGGCUUUUGAUGGAUUUGAGUUUUUUUAUAAUAAAUGUAAGAUGGAUUUUUAGCCAGGAGUAUUUUCUUCCACAUAACAAGGUUAUUAAUAAUGUAGGGUAUUUCUAGUGUCUUUCCACGCAUAUACAGAAGGAUGACAUAGCAGAAAUGCCUGUCCAUAUUUUGGCACUCAGUAAUGAUCCUCCCAAAAGCAAUUUUGGUGUUUUGGUAAUAUAACUACUAUUUAAGAGGUAAAGUAGGAAAGCAACAUGCUUAAACUCUACAUUUAUAGAAGAAAUCGAGCUAGCAGCUGGAAUUGAAGGACUGUGUGUAGAGUAGGAAGACAAAAUGAACCUGGGCUAUUCUGUUCAAUUAUUUAACCUUUAUCAAGUUUUUCCUUCUUGUUUUUAAUACUGGAUUGCACUACAAACUUUGGGGAUCUGAGGCAUGUCUUUAAGAUGAAAUAGUAAGUCCUUCUUGGACCCUAAAUAAGAAUUAAAAAAACCCCAAAACCAACCACAACAAAAUCACAAACCCAAAAGAGACAAGUAAAUCAAUUAAAUUUCACAGUUAAAUUUCCAAACCCUACAAGUAGUGGGGUCGCAAAUGCAGUAUAUUGAACUAAUUUUAUUUGGGUAGAAUUUUCAGGCAUUUUUUGAUCAGUGGAGUUUCCCUGGGUUUGGAUUUGUCCUUCAAAAUUAUGACAAAUUUAGAGGAUGUUUGCUUUAACAUUUUUCAAGAGGUAUUGUUAAUGCCUACUCACAAUAAAAAAAAAAGUCUCUUUUCAGUUAAUUAAAUGUUUCAGUGAGAUCCUGUGGAAUAUUUGAUACCAGGCAUUAACUCCAAAAUGGAAUCAGCUGGGACUUGUGGCACUGUGGCAUCAGUGCAUUAAGCCUGGGAAAACCAAGUUUGCUUUCAGAUGGGCAAUGACAAUAUUUGUAGCAAAAUUUUCUAUGACUGUUUUUUGCAAUUGGUCAUGCAGACAGGAUUGGAUCUGUAAUAUCAAAUAUGCAGUUGCUGUUCAUAUUUGCCCUGAUGUUCAUGGCUUAAAGUCAAAGCUCAUCAUAGCCUCCCAUGUAUAUGACUGUUAAUUCUCAUUAUUCAUUAGUUUGAGAGGUUAGGAAAAGAAGCACUAAGAGAAUAUUCUUCUGUCUCUGACCCCAGGAAUGUUGAAGAACAUUCAGUAAAUUCAAAGUCAGGGCUUUCCAAAUGUUUUUCACAAAAAUGUGGUUGUUUGUUUUUGUUUUUUUUUUUUUAAUGAGAUAUGAAAUAUUUUUAUCUUGGGGCACUAGGUAGCUUAAGCUGUGUUUUUGCAUUAAAUUACAAUUCUUUAAAUAGUAGGAACAAAACAAACUGUCCUUGCAGAAAGGAUUUUUAAACAGUGGUGCCCCUGUAGUUACAGGAAACGUGUUACACUUUUAAUUACAGAAGCUAUGACAUACAGCAUUGUUCCUGCAUUUAAUAGAAUGUGAUGGAGCUUUUUCUACAAAACCUUGUGAUUUUUAGUACAAUGAUAUUUUAUAAAUAUAAAUGUCUGAUUUGAAAUGUAAAUUGCAUAGCUCUCUAAUGGAUGUUUGGUAAAUGCACAAGAGAUUUAGCUUUGAUUCUCAGGUACCUCUGAUGCAAUGGAGACGUGCUGGGUAUUUCUUCCCUGUGACACAACUGGAAUGUGAAGGAGCUGUCUCGUGAAUGCUUUAGCUCUGCGUGGUAGGGUAUAUUGUCAUUGCUCUUACUGUUUCAAUUUGGGAAUGGCUUCAUUCUGACUUACGUCUUGUAGGAGCCCACAUAUUCUUUAGAAAAAUAAUGUCAAGCAUUUCUUUGAUUGUCACCCAAUGGUUAAGGAACAGUGAUUUCCCAGGCCUGCAAAAUGGUGAAUGAAUACUAUGUGUUGCUCUGUCAAACAGUUGAACUAAUUCCUGUAAUCCUUUGAGACAACCAACAAUUUCUUCUGUGUGUGCAAUUGAGGUUUUGGGGCUGUUUGGUUUUUAUAUAUGAAGGAAAUUAUGAUAAUUUGCCAAAAGCUACAAAGCAUGCCUUUGCUUUUAGGGUUUUGAUGAGUCUUGGCUAGUUUGAUGAGCAGUGUGCUGCACUUCAAAGGCAGAAAAGGAUUUCAGUUUUUCUGGCCACUUUGUGUUAGGUUUCAGUCAUACUGAAAAUGUGUUCCCUGCAAGGGGCUGCUGCUGAUAGAGUUCUGGUUCAGCAAGGGAUGGAAGUGCCACAUCUGUAACAAAGUCUGGGGCACAUGAGUGCUCCUGAAGGCACUGAGGGCUUGCUCUUUGGUUUUCCCAAUGUUCAGUGCAUCCUGCUCUUGGCUUCUGGCCUCUGGGAAUGCCUGUAAGGGGUAGGGGCUGUAGGACAGGACUGGUCUGGCUGGGCUGCAGGGACUGCACACAGACUCAGAAGCUGGAGGCUGAGGCACAGCCUGUGUGUCCCUGUGUGAGUAUUUGUGGAAAUGGGGUGUUGAGCAGGGCUGUUGUUCAACCCAGGGAACUGCAGGUGAUUCUUGGUCUGUUCAUGGCAGACCUCCUUGGAAUGUACUGACAAAAACAGGAGGGCUUGCAAAUUGCUUUUCUUGGUGUGUGCUGCUGUAUUUUGUCAUUCCUGUCACAAUACUCGUGCCUAGGUACUGCUAUUCACAGCUGUGAUGGCUUUAAAUAAGGUGGCAAAACGAUUUCUUUGUAAUUCUUGGUUCCAUUUUUCUUAAUGUUGAAUGUUAUUUUUCCUAUUCCCUACUGAAGAUCCUCCUGUCUUAGGGGAAUUAUGUUACUGAGCUAAACUGAGCUAUCAGAGGACAGGGAAAACCUGUUAAAUUUUGGGGAUAGGCUGAGUUUAUGGACACACUUUGAAUUUCAUACAGAAAUAGACCUGAGAAAGGCAGAGUGUAAUUGAAGUGAAGAACUGGCAUGCUCAAAAAUCAACAAAUUAAUGUUAAUAUCACAAUGUUGGGUUAUAUGGCUAACUGUAGGAUGGUACUUUGUAACAAUUUCCUUUACUUGGCAUAAGUUUUGAGUUAGUUAUCAUUUCUGUUCUGGCUGUCACAUGUAGUGCCUGUGAUUGAAUAGUUUUAACUCCAGUAGCAUUUAUGUGAUUCGCAAACUGUUGUUAUGCAUUUUUCCCUGUCUAAUCCACGAUUUCAUUAAUGUUGUAUUUUGUUUUACAUGAUCAUUUCAGGGCAUGAUUUCUCAGGGAAAUAUGGAUGAUACCAUAUGUUGUGAGAGCCAAUAACUAAUUCCUGCUUUUAAAAUCACUGCAAACAUUUCUAGGUUUCACUCAAACAUUUCAUGUCAUGUAACUUCCAUGUUGAAUUUCCUUAGGCUUAUCAGGUAAAUUAUGCUGAGAAUGUUGAGAGCAUUUAAAGAUGUCAAUAAAAUUUACUCUGCCCAA